GUGGGCAUGAUGGACGCGGCCUACUUCGUCGGCCGGCGCGAGCUGCUCGACUGGAUCAACACGACGCUCGAGCUCAACGUGCAGCGCAUCGAGGACACCUGCUCCGGCGCCGUCGCCUGCCAGCUCAUGGACUGCAUCCAGCCCAACACCGUGCCCAUGUCCAAGGUCAACUGGGGCGCCAAGGACGAGUACGCGAUGAUCUGCAACUACAAGCUGCUCCAGUCGGCCUUCGACCGCGCGCGCGUGUCCAAGCCCGUCGAGGUGAACCGCCUCAUCCGCGGCAAGUACCAGGACAACCUCGAGUUCAUGCAGUGGUUCAAGGCCUUCUACGAC